AUGCUUUGCGACUCAGGUUCCGCCGGCGUCACUCACAUCCUUGGCCCACUCCUGCGCAAACCAGUCCACUCCUGCGCCCCGCCGCCCUGCGUCGGCCUCACCUGUCAAACCGAUCUGUCACUGCCUGCAGGACCCGGCCCUUCCUCGCCUUCUGCCAGGCCCCAGGCCCGCGGUGACAUUGAGAAGGUGGGCAGCCGGCCCCGCAGCCCCAGCGCCUCCCCUGCAGACCGGUGGGGACCGCAUCCCGGAGCACCAGGCCCCGCCGAGCGCCGGCGAACGGAGGAGUCCGCGGGCCACGAGUUUGAGGAGGCGUCCAGCCCGGACAUCGUGACAGGGACUCCAGCCACGGGCGCACUCACCUCCCUGGUGGUUCUGGCCGACGGCUGUGCCCUGCACGUGCCCCUGGACGACGUCGCCCUGGUGCUGGAGCCCGAGCCAACGUCCGUGAGGCAAGUGUCUCUUGGAGAUCGCAUCCUCAUACUGGUCCCUCGAUCUCUCCUGGGCUCUGGCAUUGAAAUCCUGGGAGGGCAGGACCACUCAGCUCUUGUCCUGGAACAGGGCGGUUUCCCGAGCGGUCUCAAGGAGUGCAUCGCCCUCGAGCAGGGAUUCUUCUAUGGAUCUGUCCCAGAGAUCGCUGGCUAAGAAGAGGUCUACGGGGAGGACGCAGACGCCGAGUUCCUGCUGGCUGGGAUGGAUGCUGCAGCCGGCUCAGUUACUGGUUCCUUCUCCGCUGGAAGGGCGUUCGACCCCGAACUGUUGGGCCUAGUCCCAGAGCCCUCACCUUGGGGCCCCAACACUAGUCCAGAGAGACGCUCUCCUCACCACGACGACAACCUGGACCUCCACCUUCCGGAGCCCUUCCCCGACUCACCACUCCAACCUCUACCUCCCUCUCCUUGUCCAGGUCCUCACGAGCGCCCCCAACGCCCUCUUGGUAAUCCGUGCAAGGCCUAG